UGCGAUGCUUGCCAUUUUUUCUUCCUUUUUUUGCUGUGUGGUAAAGCCGAGUGGAGGGCAGCCAGGACGGGGCGGUGCUGUGCGGCUACGAACAGAGGUCAUAAUGUAAUAUUGGUACCGGGAACCGACCCAGGGAACGGGAGCCGCGUGUAUUUAAAUGGGAAAUCUGUUGGGCCACUGGCGAGUCAAGGAGCCGAGCACCGUGGAGGAAUGCGACUCGACGUGGGGGUCGGACUCGGAGAGCGACGAGCCGGCGGCUGAGGAGGACAGCGGCAUCUCCGAGAGCGUGAGCCCGGCGGAGAGCGAGCGGGCCGCGGAAGACAACGGAGACUCGACCAAUCAGCUGACCGACUCUCCAGAGUCUCCUCCGAAGAUGAAGAGGAGUUUUUACGCUGCCAGAGACUUGUACAAAUACCGCCACUGCUAUCCGAACAACAAAAAGUCCCGGCAACCCAACGAGUUCCUUAACUUGCGUUUCUACCUUAACAAGAUCCCACUCGUACCUGACGGUAUUUACAUAGAAGAGAUUUUGACAAGGUGGAGAGGUGACUACGACAAGCUGGAGCACAAUCACACCUACAUUCAAUGGCUGUUCCCAUUACGAGAACAAGGGCUCAACUUCUACGCACAUGAACUGACUCAGGAAGAGAUUAAAGAAUUCCAAAGCACUCGAGAAGCCAAGCGGAGGUUUUUGGCAGCUUAUUCCCUCAUGUUGGAUUUCUAUGGCAUCAAACUGUUGGAUAAGAGCGGGAAUGUCUCUCGGUCUUCCAACUGGCAGGAUCGCUUCCAUCACCUUAACGAGUCACAGCACAACUACCUGCGAAUCACUCGCAUCCUGAAGUCGCUGGGCGAGCUGGGUUACGAGGCCUUCAAAGCUCCGCUGGUCGGCUUCUUCCUGGAGGAGUCCCUGCAUCACAACACCCUUCCCAACAUGCAACACAGCAUCCUGGAAUACUUUGUGUACACCAUUCGCCUGCCGGCCACUCGCAGACGCCUGCUACGCUACGCCCGCCGCCACUACAGGCCCGCCCACGCUUUUCUCUGGGGUCCUCCGCCCAAGAGAUCCAGGUUUAAAGGUGGAGAUGACGGUGCUAGCGUAGGGGCCGGGAGCAGCGGGAUCCGAGCCCCUGCUCCCACACCGGAACCGCAGAGGAGGGUGGAGAACAGCUUCAUGUCCUCCUCCGUGUGUAGCGGGAUGCUCGUGUCUUCCCAUGAUUCCGUGUCCGCAGAGGGGAUUGAUGCGUACGCCGGGAUAGGCUCCAGCAUGGAUAGAUUGGAGGGGGUGCUUAUGAUGAAGGGAGAUGAGUACGCUGAGGCGGUUCCUUUGUAGGGUACCACAGAUUUGAUGCUUUGAUUCAUAUUGACUUUUAAUGAAGAUGGAACAGUAAAAAAAAACAGUUGUUUAGGUUCUUUAACCCCAUAAGGAAGUCAAAUGAGAUAACAUUGGAAUGUCGUGGACAAAUCUUUUAUUUUUUGGUUCCAGUACAGGGGUGUCCAAAGUUUUUCCACCUUGGUUUGUAGUGGAAAAUGAAAGGAUGCACGGACCACGCGGAUAUUUUAUAAAGCGGCUUCUCAGCUUGGUGAUACGCUGCAGGUUUCUGAUAUCUUCUCAUAAUAUUAUUACUUUAUUCCCAUAAUAUUUUAAUUGUUUCCCUUUGACUUUGUUUUGUUAGUUUUCUCAUAAUUUUACAACUGUAAAAUAUACUAUUUCAACUCUAUCCUAUUAAAAUAACGUUAUUGUUUUUCUCAUCAUGCGAAUUUAUUCAUGUAAAAUUGCAACUUUUUCCACUUAAUAUUUUGACUUCAUUUUCAUAAAAUGACAUUCAUUUUUUCCACCACUAUGUGUAAUGUUCUUCGAGUAAUUCGAGACAUUAUUCCCAUAAUAUUAAAACGUUUUCCUCAAUCUAAUUUUCCAAAAAUUACAACUUUAUUAUGACUUAUUAAUUUUAAUUUUUCAACUUAAUGUUACUAGAAUAACAUUUUGACUUUUUUCCCUCUUUUUUAAGAUAAUUUUUGACUUUAUUUUCAUAAAAUUAACGCUGUUUCUUCUCAGAAAUAUGAUCCUAUUCCCAUAAUAUUAGAAUUUUUAUUUGAAUAUUAUAUUAAUAUAUUAUAUAAUAUUAUAUUAUAUUAUAUGAACUAAUUUUACAACUGUAAAAUGUACUAUUUCAACUCUAUGCUAUUAAAAUAAUAUUAUUUUUCCUCAUCGUGCGAAUUUAUUCAUGUAAAAUUGCAUCUUUUCUCUUAAUAUUUUGACAUAAUUUUCAUAAAAUGACAUUCAUUUUUUUCCCCACUAUUUCAACUUUUUUUCUUGUAAAUGUGCUUCGAGUGAUUCGAGACGUUAUUCCCAUAAUAUUAUAAAGUUUUUCUCAAUCUAAUUUUCCAAAAAAUACAACCUUAUUAUGACUUAUUAAUAUUUCAGCUUAAUGUUACUGGAAUGACAUUACCUUACUUUAAAAUUGUGACUUUUUUCUCUUUUUUAAUAUAACUUUAUAUGACUUUAUUUUCAUAAAAUUACCACUGUUUCUUCUCAGAAAUAUGACCGUAUUUCCAUAAUAUUUUCACCUUAUUCCCAUAAUAUUUGAAUUUUUAUUUGAAUAUUAUUGUGAUUUUUCCACACUUUUCUUUUUUUAGUUCUCUUGUUAACUUAUAUAGUUAGAAUGUGCAGUUGGCCGCAAAUGGCCCCGGGCCACACAUUGGACACCCCUGUUGUAGUAGAUGAUCUCAAGGGCUUAUUUAUAUAACCAUCUAUUUGCUCGGUAAUGCUGGCUUGGAUGAGACCAUUAUGGACCAACAUACACUCAACAAAAAUAUGAAUGCAAAACUUUAGUUUUGGCUCAAAGAUCCAAAAUAUUUUCCCAAAAUAUAUUUUUCCCAAAUGUGUGAUAGCGAGCUCCUCUCCUUUGCUAAUCAUGCAGUUGUGGAAGCCAGAAAACCAGUCGGUAUCACAUAGAGUGUAUGAGCUAUUGUAAUAUUUUUGUUGAGUGUAUGUGAGCCUCUUGAGUUCCAUACAGUAUGUAUCGCCAGGACAUCUGAUCACAUGACUAAAGAUUGCCUUAUGCCUACUAGUUACCAUAGUUACUAGUUACUGAUACUGAGGUGCAUUUCUAAACCAGAGGCCUACCCUGCUGAUGAUGAUCCACCCAUACAAGUACAAAUUUUCAAAGUUUCAAAUUCAAACAUGGUGGCAACCCCGGGAUUGUACUGUAUAUUGUAAAUAUUUUAUACUUUCCCUUUAAGAAACGCAGUAAAAACAAAAAGAGAGCGGACUUGGUGAAAAUUAUUUUUGAAUCACAGUACAGUAGUCCCUUGACACAUUGUAAAUAAAUGUUGCGGCUUCACUUUAUCAUGUUUUUUUUCAAAAAUCUAUUAAUAAAUCAUGCAAUGCUUGAAUAGGGAUUACUAUUAGUCCUAAAUAAAUUUGUAUUUAAGCCAAUUUUAGGUAUUUAUUUACCAAAAUAAGACAUUUUCCAAUAUAACAUUACCUACAUUAACCAAUAUAAGGCAUUCGGAAAGAUGUAUUAUGGUCACUAGGUGUCAGUAAUGUUACUGUAAUGGUGGGUGAGACACACAAGCACCAGACUUGAUGGUCAAAACAACAGGCUUUUAUUGCAGGUUUGAAUCAUCUCACAACAAGCACAAUAAUCCCUAACACGGGCUACUCUAACCCACGCCAAGUCUGAACAUUUUCUCUUAUUAUGUCUACUAUAUUGGGUAAUAGGAAAGUGUAAAGGUGGAUAUAGGGGUGUUAUUUCAUGUCUAGAGGGCUCUAAUAAUGUUAAAAAAACAUAUUUACAAGGCCGUAAACUGUACUUAUUACCCACCACUCUCCUGUUCAAAUACCGGAUUUUAACUUUCAUUCCAAGAAAUUCCCUUUUUUUUCCCAGACGACAGUAUCACCGCUUCCAUUUUCCGUGUACAGCGCUAAGCCUUGUGGGUAAUGUAGUACAUAGACAUUUCCUUAAAGACAUUUUUAUUGCAGGUUUGAAUGAUCUCACAACAGGUACAAUAAUCCCUAACACGGGCUAAUGGCCGUAAUUUACACCAAGCUAAAACCCGAUGUCACUUCCUGAACUCCACAGAAACACAUUUACAUCGUCACACACAGAUAUGAGUCAUAUUCAUGUCUUAGAUGACUUAUUUGAUCUUAUUAUGUCAAAUAUAUUGGGUAAUGGGAGUUUAAAUGUGACUAUAGGGGUGUUAUACAUGCCUAGAGGUCUCUAAUUAUAGCCAACUAUGGAAAUUUCACUUAUCACAGUCUGGUCUGGAAUCAACUAACCAGGAUAAACAAGGGAUUACUGUACUGUAUGACUAGAAAAAGUAAGAUUAUUGUAAAGUGUAAUAAAUAUCAUGAAUUAGGUAGUAGCAUUUAUAGCACUUUGUAGAUUAUGGAACCUUUAAGUGUUAUUAAUAAGCAAUUGAUAAACAGCUUAUAGAAAGUGUGUGGGAACAUUGGCAUUCACUUUAUAUUUUAUCUUGUACUAUUUUUUUUUAAAUAAUGACUUCAUUCUUGUGUUUUAGUGCCGCUUUGUUAUUUUUUAUUUGUAUUUUUUCAUUAAUAUUACUAUUAGGUAGGACUGGAAACGAAAAUAUUUUUCAUGUCAGGUGAUGUGCUGCACUUUUUGGGACAAUCUUUGUCUUCCUGUUGAAAGCGCUGUCAGGUUCCUUCAAAUGGUUGUGUUUAGGGACACCCGUGUUAGCAUACUGUAUUUACAGCACAUGUACGUUUGAACUAUUGUAUUCAAUGACACGUCUAGGUAGUUCUCAGCAAACAGUAGUAGUAUUUGAGCAACGAGCCCUCAAAUGUGAUGAUUAGUACUGAGGUAUUUCAAUGAAAAUGCACUUUUUAAAUGUAUAGUUAGCGACACGCCAUACCAUUUCAGGUGAAAUAUGUAAUCCCAUGGGCUAAACUGUUUUAUGACUUUUAGGAUACUGUGUGUAAAAUAUUAUGUGAACUGAUACUACUGUAUUAAGUGCCUCUUUUGUAACAGCGUCUGCAAGGAUAGUAUUUCCCAUCAUUUAUUUCACAUUCUUUUUGUAUCCAAUUUUGAUAUUUAUUCAUGACGAGUUGUUUGAUUGAAAUGAAGGCAUAUGUAUAUGUGAUUGUUUGGAAUAAGCAUCUUGGAAUAGCUUGGAUGUGGUGCGUUGAAUCAAUAUGAUUGUUCCAUGUUUCACUGUUCAUAAUAUUUACUGGACGUGACCGUAUUAGCAAGAUCAUGUGUAGGCCGCAGAUUAAAAUGAAUGCACACAACAUGAAUUAAAUAUUGGGAUCGUGAACGAAGGGUUGCCUCAGUGCCUUGUUAUUACAUUAUUUUUCCUGCAAAUUUAUUCAUGUAAAAUUGCAACUUUUCUCUUAAUAUUUUGACUUCAUUUUCAUAAUUUUUUUUUCAUUUUUUUCUUAAUUUUUUCCCAUCUAUUUCAAC